AUGACAAGACACCUUGUGCCUCAGCCAACUAAGAACCACAGCCGCUACGACUUUGCACACAGAGAGCAACAAGCGCAAGAGUCAGCGAGUGAAUACAUCACAGCGCUCUGCACGAUUUUGAUGUACUGCCAAUUCGCUGACAUCGAGGAACGACUUCUUGAAAGGUUACUCAGUGGCGUGAGAGACAGCUGUCUCCGCUGCAAGCUGCUGCCAAAAGAUGACAUCACAAUGAUGGAAGCAACGAAUAUGGCCACGGCCUUUGAGAAGGAUAACGCCCACGAGGCGGCCCACAGCCCACAUACCAAAAGGAGAAUUCACCACAUCCAGUGA